UUUAAACCAGAGCUCCAAAGUCCUAAAACCCUAGAAAGAGUCGAAAGGGAAUACCAAAUUGGUCAACAUUUAUACAAACCCAAUUUCUCUAUUUAUGGAGGGGUUGAAGGGUGUUUUUCGCAGAUCGUUGUCACAUGAUGGAGAUAGCAACUUAAGCUCAAUUUCUGCUGUUCUUGAAAAGUCGAGCUCAAAAUCAUCUGGGGCUGGUUCCGUUUCGGCAGCUGACCAGUCUCAGCUCUUGCUUGCUCGGCCUCCUAGAACUCGUCAACAAGACGUUGUGUCUCAUAACAAUUAUCAGAUCCACUCUGAAACGGGCGCAAAUAGAGAAAGACAAGUGGUAUCAUUGUGGACUUGCUCAAAAAUCUGUGCCAUUUGUUUUGUUGCUGGAGUAUUUGUUGGCUAUACACUGAAGCGUAGGGUGCGGCGAUGGGCUUCCAAACUUCUCAGGAGAUUGAAGGAUGAAUAACUUUCUGAGAUGUAGAGUUUAUGAUUUUUCUUUUUUGGUAGGUAGGUUGUGAUUCUAUUAUCAAUUACGCAUGACAAAUGUCCAAGUGUGAUGAUACUAAUUUUCUCUGUGUUGUAGAGAAAUUUUGUUUGAAUGUAUCAUGGAAUAUUUGAUAUAAGAAGAGUACAUUGGCUUUCUAAGAUAAUACAAAUUACUUGAGUUCUUCAUGGAAGUUCAGAAAGUUAUGAUGCUG